AUGCCGUCUAUUGCAUCACCUGAUCUUUGUUCACAUUCGAGCUCAUCAAAUAAACAUUUUUCAAAAGAAUUUUUCACAUGCAAUAAUGAGCAAGAAAAACAAUCAAAAUUUUUGAAUGAGCAUUCAUGGCAACAGCUGCAAACUAGUAUAUAUGGCUUACCCAAAUGUUUACAGGAACUCAAUCAAUGUCGAAAUAUUGCUAUUAUUGGAGCUGGUGCUGCCGGUUUAUAUUGUGGUAUACUUCUGGCUGAAGCAGGUCAUACAGUGACAAUUUUCGAGGCAAGUAAUCGAACCGGUGGUCGAAUUUUGACUUAUCGUGAUCCGAAAAAUCGAUUAAAAUAUAUGGCAGAAAUGGGUGCCAUGCGUUUUCCACUUGAUGCGCACCCGUAUUUGAACAAUUUGAUUCGAAAUCGUUACAAGUUGAGUAUUACCGAAACUUCUAGUUAUGAUGAACAUGCUUAUAUAUACAUAAAUGGAAUACUUGUGACAAGAAAACAAGCGAAUGAAAAUCCAGACAUAUUUCAAUUUAAUACCAGUCAAAAUGAACGAGGAAAGAGUCCUGAUCAAUUACUUUCCGAAGCUGUGAAACCUAUACUUCAGACAUGGUUAGAAGAAGGUUGGCUAUCGAUUCGAAAUCGAUGGGAUUCAUAUUCGAUUGAAUCCUAUUUAAUCCAAAUGAAUUUAUCUCGUGCAGCUAUAGACUAUAUAGCUGUUUCAACUAAUCGUGAAUCGACUAUGGAUACAGGACUCUUGCAAUUCAUGCGCAGUAAAGUAUCAAUUAUAGAUGGAACUAAAUUUUAUCGAAUUCGAGAAGGAAAUGAUAAGUUAAUUCAAUCAAUGGUUGAUGAAUGUCAAAUGAUGGAAUCGAAGCAAUGUUCUAUUAUCUAUUCAACACCCAUCAAUAAAGUGCAAUUAUUAGCAUCCGAUAAAAUUAGUGUAAUGAGUAAAGAUGGUGUUGAUCGAAUUUUCGAUGAAGUAGUUGUAGCGACUUCAGCACCUGUCACACAAUUUAUCGAUUUUCAACCACGAACACAUUUUAUUCAGAAAUAUUUGACUUUACGUCAAACGAAUUAUAUAUGUUCAUCAAAAAUUCUCCUCACUUUCAAUACAUCUUGGUGGUAUACAAACGAAAAUAUUAGUGAAGGUGCAUCCAGGACUGAUCUACCCAUUCGUACGAUUUUUUAUCCGAGUACAAAUAUGAAUCAAACGGAUGGCGGAAUUAUUAUUACUGCAUAUACAUUUGCACAAGAUUCAAUUAUAUGGCAGUCUUUGUCUGAUGUGGAUGCUAUCGAACAAGCACUAAAACAAAUAAUACAAAUUCAUAGAAAUUCAUCAUCGAGUAUACGCAAUAGUUUUCAAGGUGGAGUAGUCAAACAUUGGUGUCAAGAUACUUAUGUGGGUGGCGGUUUUCUUUACCUUAAUCCUUUUCAAGAAACGAAAACUCUAGAUAAAUUACAAGCAUCAAUAUCGAACAUACAUUUUAUUGGAGAACAUACGAGUUUCUUUAAUGGAUGGAUAGAGGGUGCUCUUUCAUCAGCAGUACGAGCAGCUUUAUCAAUCAGUACAGGAAUCGAAAUAACUUAUGAUGUUGUCAUCAUUGGUGGAGAUCCUGUUGGACUAAUGACAGCUAUUUUUUUGUCGUUAAAGCAACCGACUCUUCGUAUUGCUAUUAUCGAAAAAGAAACUAUUUUAAAUAAUUCGAAUAGUAAUUCUGGUUCCUUCAAACAACAACAAUUUAGCCAAAUGCAUAAUGAACAAUAUCUUGUCGAACUAGCUAAUAUGUCAUUUACACUUUGGCGUCAAUUCGAACAAAUGGCUAAUAUGUCAUUCGGAUCUAUUCUUAAUACAGAUGAUGGAUAUUUACUUGUUGGUGAUUUUAAUACAAAUCAAUCAACAAUUGUCGAUGAUUUCAAGUUGAUUAAACAAAUAUGUGAAAAUCUUCGAAUGGGUUGUGAAUAUUUGAAUAAUACACAAUUGAAAAUGCGUUAUCCAACAUUCUCAUUUCCACUUCAAUAUCAAGGUAUAUUUCAUCAUCAAUCGGGUUUUAUCAAUAUGAAUACAUUGACAAUAGCUCUUCUUCGUAUUAUUUCACAAAAACGAAAUAUUAUCAUUCGACAACAGGAAGAAUUUUUAUCAUUAAAAUUAAAUAAUCAAACAGAGAUUACUACUAAUCGGGGUAUAUUGUAUGCUUCACGUAAAGUUCUCAUUGUUCCUGGACCUUACACGAAAAAUAUAUCUCAUUUAUUUAAUUUCCAUCUUGAUAUAACAUUAUGGGAACUUCCAAUUUACUAUUUCCGUCUUCUACCAAAUGCCACUCGAUUUCCUACUUGGCUUACAUGGAAUAGUAAGGAUCGACAAUCGAUCUUUUUCGGUUUUCCAAGCAUGUUAACAUCAUCAAGUUACAUUGCUGUUUUGCCACGUUUUAUUCGAAAUCUAUCAAAACCACUAUUUUAUCCAUCACAACGUACAAAUACGGCUGAUAAUUUUCUUACACAAAAAGUUCUUGAAUGGGUUUCACUUCAUAUGGCAACUCAAGUCAAUGUAUCAGAUUAUUAUGUUAAUGAACAAACAUAUUUAACUACAUUUUUGCCUGAUAAUGGAAUUUUACUUGACUAUAUUUCACAAACGAAUAGACGAGUGUUGAUACAAACUGCUGGAUGGAACAUGAAAUUUGUACCAAUUUGGAGUGAUAUUCUUUCUGAUAUGAUCUUAUUUGAUGAAGCUAUGAAUACAUCGUCGAAAUAUGCCAAAUAUAUGAAAUAUUUUUUAUUAACACGACUGAAUCGAAUCAUUGAAAAUACAACAACAACAGCAUCCAAUUCAUCCAAUCUAGGAUUCAAAACUGUAUCGAACUAUUUUCUUACUUUUACAUUAUCUUUUUACAUUUCUAUUUUGACUUUCAAUUCAUGA